AUGGCCAGAGAGCCAGAACGACAGGCACUGGCGACUGCCCAGCUCGCCGUACUCCUCUCGCACUACCUGGCGACGGACAGUGCAGCAGGCUCGUCGGCUGAUCUGAUCGAGCAAGCGGUCUUGCAAGGACGGCUCAUCGCCGCUGCUUCAGCAGAGGAUCCCUCAUUGGCAGAGCCAGUGCUGCAAAGAUGGUCACUCCGGCUCACUUCGCUCCUGCAAUCCUCGAGAGGCGCAUCAGCACGAGCGCUAGGUCUCAAGCUCUGUGCGACUUCGGUUCGUCAGUCAGAGACCUUUCUACUCAGGCAAGGCAAGACGCUCUUGACGUCGUGCAUGUCUGCCCUCACCGCGCGCGACACGGCACCUCAAGUACUCUCGGGGGCACUGCAGCUCUCACAUCUCCUCUUUGAAGCUUCCAGACAUCUUCAAGAGUUCUCUCGCGAAGUCACCAAUGCUCCUGCAGUGCGCAAGCUCGCAGAAAGCGCCAUCAAGUUGUCAAGCUCGACAGACGCGCACCCCUCUGUCCGCAUAGAAGCAGCAGAGACGGUCGCCAAUCUGCUAUCGAGACAUGCUGCAGCGUUGCGACCCCUUGCGAAUGAUAUCCAACAGACUGCAAUACACCUCAUCUGCUCGAGCGACGAAAGCCUGUCACCUGCCGGUUCCUUGCUGCUCGCAAAGCUUUACCUCACAGCAUCGGCAUCCGGCGCAUCUAACGCGUGGCGUAAGACCGUUGAGGGUCUCGUGGCUUGCAUCGAGGCGCUAUUGCCCGGCAUCGUGACGACGCUCAACGAUUACUCUGUUUACUAUGCCAUACAACCGUUAGCGAUGCCUCUCGUGGAGCCUGACGCUGCCAUUGCGUCUUCUGCCUUUGCGUUGCCCGAGGCAGGUCUCCUGCGCCUUGAGCGACUCAUCCUCGCCUUGCGCACUAUCUUCCGCCAACCCACUCUGCUUGCCGUAGCGGUGCCUGUAGAGCCGCUCGUCAACCUCGUCUAUCGGCUGCUUUCAUAUAACCUACAGACGCGCGUCAAGCCCAACAGCGAUCCCGGCCUGCACGCUUUCGAGCUCGGUCUCCUCCCUCGAUUGCACAGAUCGGCUUGCGCUCUCCUCGCUCAGCUCAGCCUGGGCCUAUCAAGCCAUCUAUGUCGCCAUUCUGGUCGGCUUCUCACCACCCUCAGUCAGGUCGCCUCGACAUACGCCAUCGCAGCUCCUGGACGAUCAAUGCUCUAUCGUACAGCUGAUCUGUUGCUGUCUUCUUGUCCUGUCGAUCCAGACGAAUGCGCUCGAUCGGGUUCCCACUUGCUCCGACUUGCUUUGCAAGAUAUUGCUGCCAUGCGCUCACCGCCCGAAGCUGAGACCAAACCGGAGGUCAAAGUGAACGGACAUAGCAACAGCCGACAAGCAAAGCGAGCGAGACUCUUUGAGACCGAUCAGACAUUCAGUACAAAGCCGAAGAAUAUGCUGGAGAACGUCGCAAGCGCGGAAGCUGCCCUUCAAGCGUGUAAUGGCAUCCUGACGUCUGUCGCCCUGCUGCUCGAGCCGAAAGUGUUGCACACGACCCUGCGUCUGCUCAUCUCGCUCGUACUUCCGCCUUCCUUUCUAGCGAUCACGCCCGUGCCCUCACCUGACGUGCAGUCAGCAUACGACUGGGCUCUGGCACACUCGACCGGCUUGCGUCCCCUCAUCUUGCAAUGUCUCGUCACUUUGCUCCCGCUCGUCACGCGAGACCUGUCAGGCUAUAUCGAUCAUUUGACCAAGGUACUGCGAGCAUGCGCCAAUGCAAACGAUCUAGAGCUCAGGCAGAUCGCACUGAGCGGUCUGACCCGUCUCGAGCUCAUUGUGCAGCCUCGAUUGCCGCCCAGGCCUACGAACGAAGCUUCCGAGCUCAUGCGAGCGGACCGAUGGGGCGGCGAGCUCUCACAAGUAGACGAUGACUUGGUGGUGGAGAAAGAAGCUGCUCCCAUGCAGCCAAAUCGACCAGCAUACGUAGACUCAACGUCAGCUGCCGAGCCUGCAGCCCCCGUAAAUCAAUUUCAGAAGCAAGAAGCGACGCCGUUCGUUCUGUCUGCGGCAGUCACGUCUACUGCAUUGCCGCGCACGCUUUACGGCAGAUCGCUCGAGUCUACCACGCAGCAAUUGGACCAGGAUGAGCCUGCAAAAGCUGUCGAACUGGCCGAACAGGAGCCCGGCGAUGCGACACUACUCGCGCCGACCGAGCCAGCAUCGGCUGCAAGUAGCGUUGCACUCGGUAAACGUCGAGACCGAUCACCUGUCGCUGCUCCGGCUGCCCUUGAUGAGGACUCGGAUGGUCCGAUUCCAGAGAUCUUCAUGAGCGAUGAAGAUAUGUCAGAGGCCGGCAGCCCGUGA